ACUUUUGUACCUUACUUAAUCACAGACUCACAAUCGUAUCACACGUGUUUUAUAUUUGUAUCACUGUUUUGUCUUUGAUUUUUUUUCUACAUCAUUUUAUCGUCAUAUAUUUAGAACAAAACGAAAACAAUCUUAUUGUUAAAAAAAUAUAUAUUUGUAAGUACAAAAAAAGGAACAAGAAAAUGCGUCAUCACAAUUUGGAAUUAGAUAUGAUUUUGCGUGGCAUUGUAAUGACACGUGGUGAGGAGGGUGCAACAAUUUGUGAAAUGCGAGCCGACUAUUUUAAAAUCGUUGGUGAAAAAUGGCCAUUGUAUCGCAUGAAAACAGAUAAAAUCGUUCAAUAUCUCAUGGAAAUCGAUGGCUUAAUGAUGGAAAAACAAGAGUCCGGCUUAUGCAUUUGGUGGAUCGAUGACAUUGGAAGCAGCAUGAAUUCACGUGAAUUUGAUUCCAACAACAAUGUCAUUGUAAUUGAAGACUCAACGGUUGCAAAUACAACAAACUCACAUGCAGCAAUGACAAACAAUAACAGCUACGCUAUUCCGGCAGCGCAACGACGAAUGGCAAACUCAUCAUUUGUGAGCGAAACACAUGCUCAACACGUUUCAGCAACAUCGUCCGAUUUAUUGCACAUUGAACCCAUUGAGAAUGGGAAUGACAAGAAUCGUAAACGAAAUUUAUCACAAGAUCGAAAUAACAAUGAUAAUAACAAGCGACCAAGAUUGUUACCCGAAAACGGUUUGCUCCUCAACGAACAGAAUCUUCAUAUUCAUAAUCGUAACAAUGGACCAAAUUUAAUAGAUAAGAAGAUAACAUCAACCGAAAUUGAAAAUUCCAUUUCGAUACACGACGAUGCCGAUGGCAACGAUUAUGUCGCACCGAUUAAAGAAACCGCAAACAAACAACUACAACAAGAGUUUUCGAAACAAUGCCGAAUCAACGGAAAGCCCGAUUUUAAUCAAAUGGAAUCGAUUAUGUCAAAUCUGACAAUUGGCGAAAAUGUAUUUCCACCAGUCAUCGGCGUGAUUGGAGACGAUUUCAUGCGUUCGAUGCUCGGAUACGAGUUACAUGGUUUUGAUUUUGUCGAUAAUAAUGAAAAGAAAUUGAGCUAUUGCUUCUCUGGUCAAACAGUGGGAGAAGCGUAUAGUUUGGUUUUGGAUAAGCAGUACAAUUUUCGAGCCAAAUAUCAGUAUAUAAUCGUCAAUGUGGGUGCAAUUGACAUCCUUCUUGAACGAAAUAUCAUCACUAUUAUGGCAGAAUAUGCACGCUUGAUCAAAGCGAUUACUACAAUUGGUCUGGAUGUAAUCAUCACUACUGUGCCAAACAUUCGAAUAAACACCGGCAAACCAAACUACAAAGUCAUUUACCAGACGCUAUUGUUGUUCAAUCAAUUCUUGAUGGACACCUACAGUCAAGGAUAUUUAUUCAUCGAUUUGCAUUUACAAUUAACAAAAGCCAACGAUAAACUUCCUGUACUCUAUUAUCAUAAUCAACCGAAGACGAUUACCAAAGGCAAGCAAAAACUAGAACUAUGGUGCUGGACCGCUCUAGGCCGAAAGAAAAUUCUUAACACAAUCGAUCAAUUCAUCGAAACAUUACCACGGGAAGUGAUCCACAGCUCGAUCUAAAUUCAAUAGAGAAGUCCCAUUUUCAGCGUUGAAAGGCCAACAAAAUGGCAAAAUUACAAAAAAUUUAACAUUUGGCGAAAUAAUUUCACAAAUUUUCAACUUAUUUUAUGUAUUACUUACCAUUACUUUACACCAUAUUGUGACACUGAUGAAAAAUGUAGGUCUGUGAUUUAGUUUAUUUAUUUCUUCAAUUAAUUAAGGGAAAAUUGCAUAGAAAUAUUGUUUUUAUAUAUCUUAGUAUGUGUAAAUGGAAGCGAUUCAAUGUAGAUCAAAAGUUAAUUAUACCUUGAAGGCUCAAUUUUACACUUAAUACGUUUACAAUUCCGUAAAAUUGAACAUUUGACGUAUGAUCGUAUUUAAAAUUGAUGUACAUCGAAUCAAAUAGCAUGCUCGUAUUGUAUGGAAAAAUUGUUAUAA